GCUCGAUAAAUUUGCAAAUUUUUUUCUCAAGCAUUUACGUCAAAUGUUGAUUUUUCGUAUUUCGGAAAUUCGCGUAAUCCUGAUGUCCUCGGCAAAUUCAUUAUCUUUAAGAAUGUGAUAUCUCGAAAGAAAGAGACUGUUUUCUAUUUCGACCGUGUAUUCUAUUUUGUGCAGAAAAAUGAACCACAUGGCAUUUGGGCUUAUCCUGAUCUGUUGCCUUGCUGGGGCAAUUGAAACGAACGGUUAUCAUGUGUACACAAAACGUACUAUAUUUGAGAAGUUUCUCGAAAAAUUUAAGAUCGUAUUAAAGACUGGAAACGAGUCACUCGGAAUUCCGGUCUUUGAUCCAUUCACCGCGGAACGGAUACCAAUCAAAUUAAACGAGGAAAUAAUAAACUUGGAAGCGUUUUUGACAAACGUCAAUAUGCGUGGUUUAUCCGAGUACAAAAUCAUAGACGGUAAUUUUCAAAUAAUUGGUGUAAAGUUUAACAUGAAUCUUUCCUGGCCGUUGAUAACCGCGAGUACCGAUUACGUCAUGAAAGGCUAUGCCGAUUCUUACGAAAUUUACGGAAACGGUGAAAUAAACCUAUCCGCGAAGGAUUUCAAUUUGGAGACGGAAAUUAGUUUCAUAGUGAACGGAGAACAUUUUAAAGUGAGAAAUAUGAAAUUAAAACUUUCUCUGAGAGAGCUAGAUUUUCACGUGACAGGCCUGUUCAACGAUGACGAGGUGUCCAAUGUACUGAGUGCCGUGAUAUCCGAUAUGGCACCUGAGUUGCUCGAAGAUGUCACACUUAUGGACAGACUUACCUUUCUUGCGAUAAAAAAAAUUGACGCUUUUCUCUCCACUAAGACAUUUGGAGAAUUAUUGAAACUAUUGGGAAUGUUUGAUUGAUAGCGUCAGUCUUUUCAUCAUGUCGAUAUUGCAUUCGUGUUUAAAUUUUAAAAAUUAAAUAAAUUAAGUAUAUAUAAAACUAUUUUUAAAAAAUUAGUUCGGUCACUCCAAUAUAAAAAUAAUUUGUCCAUUCUUGGCAUCAUUAAGUCACUAAUAUUGUAUACAAAUAUAAUUUCAAACAAAUCAAGUUAUUAAAUUUAAACUUUCUUUCAUUAAAUAUUUCAGAGUUAAUAAA